GUGGAGCUGGGUCCACGGAACAGUGAGACAGAGAGACAAGGCCGAAGGCCGACGACCCGGCGACGGCCCCCUUGUUUUGUUUACGCCAGAUCCAUCCGGCGUCCUUCUCCUCGCUUCCGUCCUUCUCCUCGCGGCGAACGCGCCGCCGGCGUCCGAGCUUCCUUCCUUCUCCACUGCACGGCCCAAACAGCAUCAGCACCUUCAGUUUCUUCAACUUGUUCUCACCUGGGAGUAAUCGGAGGCGGCUAGCUGUUCAUGUCGCCUCUCCUUCUUCCUCCUUGCCGCCAACCUCCUUGUGCUUCUAGAGUCAGCCAGCCGUCGCCAAGCAGCGCACAUGUUGGGGCGAGAGGAAAACAACGGCUACCUGUCGUCGUUUCGCCUAGCUGCUAACGUUGUCCCUUCCUCUUCCUUUCAUUGGCGCUCAACGCGGCGAUCUCCUUGAGCUUCAGCUUCAGCUUCUGCUUCUGUUGUAUCCCCCUUUUUGCAACACUAACCGUAAGAGGUGUGUUUUUGCUUGUGCAGGCAUCGAUUGGAGCAGUUCCACUUCGUGCUUCCUACUAGACCACUAAGUACAGAUGCAGUAUUGGACUAAAUCUCUAGCAGCUAGUUCUGAAUGGGGGACGAAACCCUGCUGGAGCGUAUACUCAAUGGAGAAGAGGAACCCAAGGAUCUGCCAUUAGCACUCUUACAAAGCAUCACGAACGAUUUCUCCGACGACAGAAAAAUUGGUCAGGGUGGAUUUGGAGCGGUUUACAAGGGUGAACUCCAAAAUGGGAUUAUUGUUGCUGUCAAGAGGAUUGAAGUCAACCAAAUCACAAUUGAUGACGUGUCAUUUCGCCGUGAGUUUAAUAGCCUGAUGAACACCAACUAUCAAAAUGUAGUCCGGUUUCUUGGCUUCUGUUCUAAUACACAUCAUACAUCGAGAAAAGAGGCGGGAGAAAUUAACCUUGUAAGCGUAAGAGAAAGAUUGCUCUGUUUUGAGUACAUCCGCAAUGGAAGUCUUGAUAAGCAUAUUACUGAUGAAUUAAGGGGACUUGAAUGGGAACCACGUUAUGCAAUAAUCUCUGGAAUUUGCAAGGGUCUGUGUUAUCUUCACGAGGAAUUUUUUUUAUUCAUAUGGAUCUUAAACCACCAAAUAUAUUACUUGAUGAUCAUAUGGUUCCAAAAAUUACUGAUUUUGGGUUGUCAAGAUCAAAUGAAAUGUCGCAUACUACGGGUCAACGUUUUGGAACACCAGGAUAUCUCGCUCCAGAAUACGAGAAAGAUGGCAAAACUUCAUUCAAGUGUGACAUAUACAGUUUGGGUGUCAUAAUCACAGAAUUGGUAACGGGGUGUACUUCGAAGGUGGAGACACAGGUGGAAUAAACCACCGACCUUACUAGAAUACCGGCAAGUAACUAGAUGCAUUGAAAUAUCGGUACGCUGCAGGCAACAAGAAUCAGGACAUAGACCUUCCAUAUUGGAGAUAAUAAACAUUCUGGGUGAAUCUGAAAGUAUGGAUGGGCACACUGGCCAGGAAAGCGCCUAUCUGGACGAUGACAUGCUUCGUAUUGAGCCGCUCGAGCUUAAGCUUAACGAGGAGAUGUCAUGGUCAGUUAAGCUAUCCAACAAGACAAAGGCCUCUUUUGCCUUCAAAAUUGAAAGACCAAGCCAGCAGUACACCAUAUGGCCAGACAAAGGCAUUGUGACACCAGGAUGCAACGAGUAUCUUGUUCAGAUAACAUUGCAACCACAGCAGAGGGCACCGCAAGUUACCCAGAAUGCUGACAAGAUCAUCUUCCAGAGCACGAAAGUGCCCGAGGGUCUUAGAGAUGAGGAUAUCACUGAAAAAAUAUUCCAUGAAGAGGCCGGCAAAGUGGUUGAUGAGGUGGAUUUGAUGAUUGUAUAUGUGCCUACGAAGCCCAAAGAGAACUGCAAGAGUAGAGAAGGCACCAACAUGCUAGUUGAGGAAGUUCCCGAGGAGGAAAGAAUUGUGGGAAGUCUCGAGGAUUCCACCAAAGACUUGAUUGCGAAAAAAAAUGAUGUAUGUCAGAAGAUUAAGAAUGCUGAGCGAGAAGGCAAGAAAUCAACAAAUGAGGUCGACAGAUGGCUGGAAAAAGUGGCCAAAAUCAUUGAUGUUAUGCAUGUAAUCUCGGUGGACUGUAAGUUGAAGAAGGAUGUUACUAUCCUGGCAUGUGAGAAGCUUCGCGAGGUUCAAGAAUGUCUCAGUAGUUGCCCCAGUACUGUUGCAAUUGAGUCAAUGCCACCUCCUGUCCAAGAGAUGCCUGGUCCAUCUAUGUCAGCUGAGAACCGUAACCUUCAAGAGGCUCUCCACUUCAUUAAGGAUGAACCCACAGUUGGAAUGAUUGGAAUAUGGGGUCCAGGUGCUAACAACAAGAUUAAGAAAAGUUUGUGGCCAAAUGAAGGUCAAGAAAGAGUUAAAAGUCGCAUAUAUGCAGGAGCAUGAGGCAUGGCAGCUAUUUGAAGAAAAUAUUGGUGAAGAAACUCUUUCUAGUCCCCAUAUUGAAGCUCUUGCUAGAGAACUUAUGAGGGAACUGAAAGGCUUGCCAUUAGCUUUGAUAACUAUUGGAAAGGCAAUGUAUUGGAAAGAUGAGUAUCAAUGGGAAACUGCCAUCCAAUAUAUGCAGCAAUCAUGAUGCGCUGACGACAAAGACCCAAUAGAACUUGGUAUGGAAACUAAUGUUUUUAGGCAGCUGAAGUUUAGUUAUGACAAUUUAAGAAACGACACCUUGAGAUGUUGUUUUUUGACUUGUGCAUUGUGGCCAGAGGAUGCGAUGAUUCGCAAAGUUGACCUUGCUCAAUGUUGGAUGGGCUUAGGUCUAGUGAAUGAGCAGGAUAUAGAAUCUUCCUUCCAAAAAUCAUAUAGUUUGAUAGCUGACCUUACGGCUGUAUGCUAGAGGGCUGCGAAUAUAAUGGAUAUGUUAAAGUGCAUGAUGUGAUUCGUGAUAUGGCUUUAUGGAUAUCUUAUGACUUUGGUGAGAACAAUGACAAAUGGAUUGUGGCUGCACCAGGUGGCAGAGACAAAAAAAGUUAUUAUCCUUUCGAACAAAGCUGAGUGCAUCUCCUUGAUGUUCAACAGGAUUCCUAUUAGGUUCAAUCUUGAUCCCAUAAAACUGAGGAUCUUGUGCCUUCGGAACAACAAAUUGGAUGAAAGCAUAAUUGUUGAAGCAAUUAAGAAUUGCAGUUCACCGACAUAUCUGGAUUUGAGCGGAAACAACGUCAAGAGGAUACCGGAAGAAUUAUGUUCCUUGGUAAAGCUGGAAUACCUUGAUUUGUCACGAAAUGAAUUUGGGGCAACUGAAGUGCCUCGCUCCUUUGGAAAGCUCAUCAACCUCAAGUUCUUGUACCUAUGGUCUGCUGGUGGUUACGUGAGAAUACCAGCUGGUGUCGUGUCUAGCCUUAAAGCAUUGCAGGUAACAGACUUGAGGAGUUUCUUAAGAGAAUCUACCCUAUCCCUACCUGAGUCAAUAUUCCGAGAGUUGGGCACCCUACCUCAGUUGAAAGCGCUUGGUAUUGUGGUCGAAGGUUCUGCUCAGCUUGAGUCACUAGGAGAAGCGAACCUCCCUGUUAGAUAUUUGGCUCUGCUGGACGUAGGUACAUUCAAUGAUAUUUUAUCAACCGACUUUGCACAAAGGACCUUGUAUGAACUGGAUAUCAGUGAAGAAAUUGACACUCGAGAAAUAACAGUAAGACAUGAUACGGAACAACCAAACAACUGUUUUGGUGCUCUCAACAACCUCAGCUUAACUAUGAUGAGAUCCUUGAGAGAGAUGAAGUGGAUGGGAGCAACUCCAGCAUUUAUAUUCCCAAGGCUCAUUCAUUUGGAAUUGUUUUACUGCAGACGGCUAUUGCACCUCUCUUGGGUUAUGUAUUUGCCUCGCCUUGAACAACUUCAUAUAGUUUCCUGUUCUGGUAUAGUGCAAGCAUUUAUGAGGUGCCAUGGUGACAAAUUGUGCAAUGGACAGGACAAGACAAAAACAUUUCGUUGCCUCAAGAGUCUCAGUCUUACUCGUAACUACUCGUUGGAAACUAUUGGGGACAAGGGUAUGGAAUUCCCAUCCCUAGAGCGACUUGUGAUUGACAAUUGUCCAAAAUUGGAGAGGCUUCCUUUCCAGCUGGACAGUUUGCCACUAAAGCUGAAGGAGCUACGGUUUGUUGGGACACAGCAAUCAAAGAGUCUUCCUUUCCAGCUGGACAGUUGGCUACGGUUUGAUGAUGCUCAGUGCUAGGAGACAUUGGAAUGCGAAGAAGGUGUCAAAAGUUUCCUGCAACCCGCUCUUAAAUUUGGCAGAAAAUCCUACGACAUAUUCAGUUAAUACCUUCGUUGUUAGUGCAUUACAUGUAGUAGAUGUAGCGUUCUCCUGGACACUCAUGGUCUCAUGUUAAGACACAAGAAGCAAAACACCACAUUCAAAUUAUUGCAGCUAGGAUGUGCAGCUGUGACAUUUUUUUUAAUACCUUCGCUUGAGAUUUCUGUCA